UUAUAACAUUUUGUAAAUAAGUGAUGUUUCUCCUUCACUGAUGUGCGCUAACGAGGCUGCAGUGAUGGGCACUGAUAUGCUGCACUGAUGGACACUGAUAGGUGGCCCUGAUGGGCACUGAUGAGGCGGCACUGGUAGGUGGAACUGAUGGGCAUUGCCAGGCAUCCCUGAUGGGCACUAAAAGGCAGCAGUCAUAUAUGGCACUGAUAGGCGGCACUGACUGGUACUGAUAGGCGCCACUGACUGGCACUGUUAGGUGGCACUGACUGGCACUGGUAGGCGGCACUGAUAGGCAGCACU